AUGACAUUACGUUACGGAUGUUGAUGUUGUGUUAUUGAAUUCAUAAUCAUUUAAUUCGACUCAAUACGUAACACAUAAUAUUUCGUUAUAUCAUCACAGUCCGCCAUCAUAACCAUAUUGUAACUGCAGGGAGUGAUUUCAGUAUUAAUUAUGGGUGAUACGCGGAAGAAGAAAAAGUUUUACUUUCGUAAACGUAGAAACAAAUACUUCUUGGAACCCGGCUUCAAAGGUUUCUUUUGCACGUGUAACUUCAGAGAAAAAGACUGCGUGAAAGAAGUGUAUAAUCUGCUGAAUGAAUAUGCUGGCAAGUUGUAUCCCGACCUCGGCUUGGAGAACCAGUCAGCCGUUCCGGAAUCUGCAGUGCCUGAAGACAAGACAGACAGUGAGUCCGAGGAAGAGACUGAUAUAGGAGAUAUGCUGAAGCGAGAAGUGGACUUAUUGAAGAAAGAGUCUCAAAAAUCUUUGAAGCACAAAAGAUUCCAGGUAGUGGAAACAGGUGCAUCCAACUGCAUUUUCGUGAAAACAAAUUUACCUAGUCCAGAAGAGCUGACCACAGCCAUAAUUAAAGAUUUGGUCACAACGAGACUUUCAAAAACGCGUCAUGUAUUACGUUUGCUACCAAUCAUGGCAACCUGCAAGGCCAACUUGCCAGACAUCAUGGAGUGUGCCGGCAAGCUGUUUGAUAAAUACUUCUUGAAACAGUCAUCUUCAUUUGCCAUCAUCUUUAACAAACGCUUCAACAGCAGUGUCUGUAGAGACUUGAUCAUCAAAGAAUUGGCGGAGAUGGUUGUCUUGAAAAAUGCGAACAACAAAGCGGAUUUGAAAAAUCCUGGACUCUGUAUAAUAGUAGAAAUUAUAAAGGGUAUUUGCUUGUUAAGCAUUGUUGAUAAUUAUUUUACUUAUAAAAAAUAUAACUUGAAUGAGCUGUCUAAAGAAGAAGCUACAAAUGAUUCCGAGGGUACUCAAGCAAAAAAGUUUAAAGGCAAUGGGACUGCAUCAACUGAAGAAAACAAAGAUAAUGGAGUCAUUAACUUAGAAGUCACUUAGAUAGUUUUAAUACUAUUGUUACAUUGUAACUCAGGUUAUCAAUAAGAUGACCAUAAUGAUAAGUCUUUAUCUUAUAUUUCUACUUUACUUGAUGUAUUUGUAGUCCUAAUUCUAGGUUCUACCUAGAACUUCGAUACCAACUCUUAUACCAAAAUUUGUCUUAUACCUAAAUUUUUUCAUAAAUUAUUACAAACCCAUAUUAAAUAUACUUGUGAAGUAA